UCGGUAUUUCAACACGAGAAACAAAAGCGGGCGAGUUUCUUUAGAAAAAAUGAAUAUUUUUUAACAAAUUUCAUGUACGAGGCGAGAAAGAACAGUAGAAGAAAAGCACACGAACGCGGUGGGUCCUUCAGUAAAAGGUUGUUGAAAACAUUGGAUGGUUCUAUCAUAUAUCAAUAUAAUUCAACUUGUCUACUAAAAUGUCCUUGUGCAGAACCUUUCAGUUGUCUGCAUACAUUUUCUGCCUUUAACCGGGUUCGUUUCAUUCCCUGCACUGCCUUGAUGCUGUCAACCAAAAAUUUUCCAUGCUUCAACCAUAACCGCUCAAGAUGAGGUUAAUAGUGUGCAAGAAGCACGUGCCUAAGAAAACCAUGCCGACACGCGGUACCAGCUAGGCAGCGUGCGUACAUAAGUAUAAACGCGCGGCGAGGGAGCUGGGGAUGCGGUACGCGCUACGGGACCGGCGUAACUGCUUUGAAAUAAACAACCUACAUGUCGGCGAACCAUUCUGCAUUGCACUUAGGAUGUUUUAAAAACUUGUAGCAACUGAUUCCACUGCCAACUUUCUUUGGGCAUUAUAAGCUGUGCCGAAGAUUGGCAUUACAACGACCGCAAAUUUAAGUUACAGCAGACACGAAACGCGCCAAACGUUCAGUGAAAUCAACAGGAUGCCGCUACACUCACAUAAAAGCGAGCGCCGUCCGCUCCGUUGUCUUUUUAGGAGACAUAGACAGAUGAAAAGAGCGUUAAAUGUGUGAAGCCGCCAACUGAGAAAUGAAAUCUUUACCACUGUCCAAACACGAAAUGCUUCCACCAUCACACCAAUAACAUCACUGGCACCUCUGACAUUUAUUUCUGUAAUUCAUUGCUUGUUUUCAUUUUUUUUUCAUUUUUGCUUGUGCCUCUAAGUGCCUUUUUCUAACAUGGCGGCAGCGAGCAGGCAUCAGCCACACCGGAGCGCGGCCAUCCACGGUGCUAUCAUCUCUCCUCCUCGGCCCAAUCGAGAUAGCUCGAGUUGCACGCUGGGAAGAUUUUAAGCGGGAGCGGGAGGCUCGGAGCCGGCGGGAGUGGUUAGCGCGCUGUCGUCCUGUCGUUGUUGUCGUUCUGAGACGGCCAUUAUAUUUGACUUGUUUGGAUACCAUCCGAUCACCAUUGUGUGCUGCCACCACUUGUAGCCUGCAGUAGUUAUUACCGCUUCUACUGGGAACUUGCGCCAUCCGCUGCACCCUCAUGCCUUUGUGCAGCAGAGACCUUUUCGGUGUGUUGCGCGGUCGCUGCAACGAGCCGGGUUGUGAGUGCAAGCGAUACACCAUUCUGCGCCUGUCGGAAAGUGACAACCUGGUGAGGUGUGACUAUUGUGACCACGUCCCAAAUGCACACGGAAAAAUAUGUGAUCUCGAGAGGACUGUCCCAGUUGGUGCCUCCAUAGAAAAUGAAUCGGCCUGAAUGCCUGUGCAAGAAUCACAGCCUGGCUGCUCUAAAGACUCCGCACCGUAGUCCCAUGUGCAAGAGCCCCCACUUGACAGCCCAGUGGUUGCCAUGGACAAAGAGAUCCGCGAUACUGAAUGCGGGCAAGGCUCCACUGCCCAGUGGUGAUAUCCAGAUUGCAGCUCCCCACGUCUACACAUGCAGCGAGCACACGUGUGUUUAUGCUGGCAGCAGGCAAGACAUAAUUUGGGUCUCGAACGGCAGCCUGGAGCUAGCUGUAAUUUAUUGUAUUUUAACCUACUACAUCAAGAACCUCGAUUAUCCAUAUGCAUUUGCACCAUUCCUGGCGCUGAUGCAGAAAUUUGUGCUUCCCAGCAAGGUUGUGCCUAGAGGGCUCAUAAAUAACAGAUUGAAGUGUUUCUUUGCUCUUCUGAAGAAAAAGAAUGUGAUUUGAUUCAAAGUCUAGUUAACAAUUUUCACCUUGCAUUAAUGUUCACUUGUUGCCAGGAGGUGGUGAACAGAUGCAUCAUUUUGUGCAUUACAGUUGCAUGCCUUUCUAUAACUUUUUUAUUGAAAAUUACUGAGGUAAUGCAUCCAUUCAUGCAAGUGGCAUUCAGUAUUGUGCACAAGUAUUUUAUUUAGCUGCUCAAAAUUCCUAAAUUCGUGCAAUGUGAAUUAUGGCGGCCUUUCUUUGUCACUGAGUUAUUCUAACUGCUAGCCUCUAGAUGAUAGAGUAAUUGUGCAGUACUCUGCAUAGCAGUGCCGAAAUGACAUUGUUCAAUAUUUAUUUUAAAUAGGUAGUGCAUUCAAGAAGUUUGAAUCCCAUCCUUGACAUUUUAGCUAGACAGUAAAAUGUGUCUUGUAGUAAUUUUAAUAAAAAAAUGUUCACGUUUGCAUUGUCACAAGGAUCUAAACUGAGAGUUCACUAUGCUGUAAGCAUCACCACUUCCAGCCUUUUGUCAUCUGGCCCACAAGCCAGCACUUCGCACAUCUCCUGGUUAAGCUUUGUCUGAUGUUUGUAAGAGCAACAAGUUGUCUUCUGAUGCCAGUGGUGGUCAAUGCUAACACUAAGGAAACGUUGCUCAGGUAUAGAUGGGCUGCAUGCAUGCAUGGCCUUGUGGUCCAGUCUUCUUUUUUAGGUUCACCUAUAGCCAAUACUUUGUAUAUUCUUUGCAUCGGCUACAUUGCAUUGGCAACGUCUUUAUUGACCUGCCUAAUGCUGCACAUUGAUGUGUCAA